CUAUUUCACUGUUAGUAUUUAACAAACAUCAGUCUCUAAGGGAAUGGGCGGGCCUGGAGGAAGAUUGAUAGCUCAAGAUUCCAAAAGCCAACUUCACAGAGUGACACCCUGGCUUCUGGGGGAGGGGAAAGGCGAGCAGCAGGCUAGUGGCACAGAGCACAGACACGAUGGAAUCUGGCUUCACCUCCAAGGACACUUAUCUAAAUCAUUUUAAUCCCCGGGAUUACUUGGAAAAAUAUUACAGCUUUGGGUCCAGACCCUGUGCAGAAAGCGAGAUCCUUAGGCAUCUGCUGAAAAAUCUUUUUAAGAUAUUCGGCCUGGGUGGUGUGAAAGGAGACCUCCUGAUUGACAUUGGCUCUGGUCCCACCAUAUAUCAGCUUCUCUCUGCCUGUGAGUCCUUCAAGGAGAUUAUUGUCACUGACUACACAGACCAGAACCUUCGGGAGCUGCAGAGAUGGCUGAAGAAGGACCCAGGGGCCUUUGACUGGUCUCCAGUGGUCACCUAUGUGUGUGAUCUUGAAGGGAACAGAACCAAAGGACCCGAGAAGGAAGAGAAGUUGAGGCAGGCAAUCAAGCAGGUGCUGAAGUGUGAUGUGACCCAGAGCCAGCCUCUGGGUGAGGUCUCGCUGCCUCCUGCUGACUGCUUGCUCAGCACACUGUGCCUGGAUGCUGCCUGCCCUGACCUCCCCACCUACCGAGCUGCCCUGAAGAACCUGAGCAGCCUACUCAAGCCAGGGGGCUCCCUGGUGAUGGUGGAUGCCCUUAAGAGUAGCUACUACAUGAUUGGAGAGCAGAGGUUUUCUAGCCUUCCCCUGGGAUGGGAGGCUGUUCGGGAUGCUGUGGAAGAGGCUGGCUACACCAUUGAGCAGUUUGAGGUGAUUUCUCAAAAUUACUCUUCUGCCACAGCCAACAAUGAAGGACUGUACUCCCUAGUGGGGCGCAAGCCAGACAGAUCUGAAUGACACCCUGGAUCCCAAUUAAAAGCUUGCUGGUUCAUUUCAGGCUGUGACUCUGACUACAGUGCUCUC